CACAAACUAAUCACUUAAAUUCCCGUUAAAUGUUGGCCCUCGGGGUGUGAACAGUAACCGGUAAACAGUUCCGGUGAACAGUGACCCUGACGUGAACAGUAACUCUACUUCCCAAAAUUGGUCAAAACACUAGCUAAUCUCACGGGAUUUCACUCCAAAAAUCACAGCAAUCAAUUAACACUCAAUCACAUAAAUCCCACUUCAAUUAAGCUAAAUCAUGGUCCUAAAGCUAUCAAAUUCUUCCCCAUUUUUCUAGCGAAAUUUGGACACACAAUAGGGCAGCAAUUGAAAGCAAAUAAAUGGACAAAUUCGGGGGCUUGGAGGGCUGCCACAUACCAGAAUUCUCCAGCUAAAACCGGAGCUGCAGUUGGGGAAGAGGCCGGCGGCAAGCUGCAGGGAAAGCUCACAGGUUUACCCAAAAAUUGGAGGAACAAGAGCAAUUAAAGUAAACCCAGGGCAAUUCAAGCAAGAACAAAGGAAAUUAGGGGCUGUUCUUACCGAAAAAUGCUUAGAAAUCACCCAUACCCACUAGCAGCCGGCGGUGAAGACAAGCAGAGCAAGGCAGAUCUGGAAUUUCCAGCAAAGGGGAAAGAUUUCUGGGUUCCAAAUCAGGUUCUUGGACAAGAAAGAAGGAGAAAUUCCAAGCUUUCUCACCAAUUUUUCAAAGCUGGUGCCGGCCUCAAAACUAAUAAAGAUUGGAAGCCUCAAGCUUACCAAGCAGCUGUGGAUUAUCUUGGGAAAUCAUUAAGUGUUAAUGUAACCAAGGAGCAAGUCAAGAAUAAAGUAAGACAAUGGAAAAAACAUUUCUCUAUUAUUAAUGAAAACAAAAGCCACCAAAGUGGGUUUCCAUGGGAUGAGGAAAAGAAGAUGCUUGUUGUAAUAGUAGAUAAUAUGUUAGCAUGGAAAGAUUAUGUUCAAGAGAAUGGAAAGGCAAAUGGAUAUGCAAAUAGACCGAGAGAAAGGUGGGAUGAUAUUGUGAUGUUGUGUCGGAUAGAUGUGAUGUUGUGUCGGAUAGAUAGAGCAACUGGUGAAGCUGCUGAAAGUUUUGAAGAUGCUGAUGAAGCCAUGACAGGAGAGGAUGAAAAUGAUGUAGAGUACUCAAUACCACUUGCUACCCCACCAACACAACCUUCCACAUCAUCUAUGAUAGAGUCCCAUCAAAAGAAAUGGAGGAAAGAUCCAUUGGUUUUUAUUGUUGAUGACAUUACUUCAUCACUCAAGGAGUACAUGAACUUGAAAAAGAAACCAAGUGGUCAAGAGAUUUAUGAAAUGGUUUCAAAAGUUUUGGGUCUUUCUCAAUAAGAAAUAUUCAAGGCAAGACAUGAAGUAAUUUCACCUUUAGACAUUUUUCUUACAAUUUCUUCUGAUUCAUUGUUUUUCUAGCUUUGUGUUUCUAACCUUUUGGGUUUUGUACUAAAUCUAAGUUGAUUUUUCUUGUAGGACAUGGAACUUGCGAGUUCCCAGCAGGAUAUGGAAACUAAUUAAGAAUGAGAUUUGGU